CAAAGUCUCGUCACUUAGAACGGGGUAGACUCGACAGGGAAGCAGAGAUGAGCAGGAAGGAUUAUUUUCGCACUGCAAGUCCAUUUUGGACGGGUUUGAUAGGUUUCGGACUAGUUUUAUUAACAAUGGCCACAUUUGUACCAGAUAAGAUCCCCUGGUAUCUUGGUAAGGUGGGAAGUCUUGGACGAUACAUGGGGACAGAAAAACCACAAAUCACCUGGUACAUGUUUUUGGGAACCAUUGCCAUUCAUGUAGCAGAAGCUAUUUAUGCCUAUAUGUUGUGUCGCCGUUUUGGUUUAACGUCAUCUGCAACAAAGAAGUGGACAUUCCAGACAUUCCUUUUUGGAGUGGCAUCUUUAUCCCUACUUAGGAAGUUCAAGCAGCAAACUGAUUGAAUCAUGGAAGACAAGUGACUUCAGGGACAGAAUUUUCUAUAAAGAACAAUUAUUUAUUUGAUAAACUUAUGCACUUAAGCAGUUAACUGUGAUAUGGCAUACAUGUUUAAAAAAGGAAUUUUGAAAAAAAUGCAAUAAAAGUGUCAUAUUUAAAAUUUCGUUGUGCACUAAGUUUAUACGUAAGUAAGUGCAAGUACAAAGAUAUUUAGCAUUGAUAUAAAAUGAGAUUAUCAUUAGAAUAUUUUUUGGCUUUAAAUAAAUAUUUGAUAUAAUUUAUUGAAGAAAAGACAGCUUUAAUUAUUAUGAAAUCCACCAUUUGCUCAGAAAUUGUGAAAAAAUUAUGCAGCAAAUGCUGAUAUUUUAGAAUUUAAGAUACGAUGAAAUGUUUUGUAUGGAAGUGUUUAAUGAUAAUUAGUGUGUUGUACUUUGUUUUCUCAAUCUCCUGAUGAUUUGGAGACCCUGUGGAACACAAUUCUAUGGUCCAAGUCAAAACUCCUCUUUAAUUUGUACUAAAAAUAAUCAGAUAUCCAAAAAUGAAAUACUACAGCAAAAAGUAUGAAUCUUGUAUAAAAUAAUUAUUUGUCUCAAAGUUGAUUUUAAUUUCUUAAUUGUCAGCAGCCUUCUCUGCAAAGACAUUUUAGACCCAAUGUAACCAGAGGUUGUCAAAAGUUUUUUAAGUCUUUCAUGACGUACUAAUUUUCGUUCAGUCUUAAAUUAUGGAAUACAGUGAUAUAACCCUAUGUAACAAUUCUAAACCAUGACCAAACAUUGCGCUGAACUUUAAGGCAGUUAUACUUAGGCUGUACAUCCUGACUUGAGAAAACAAACUUUGUCCCGUAUUUGUUUGUAUUUUGUUUCACCAUUCAUUUUCUUACAAGGUAUACUUUAGUGUGUGAAUGCCCGAUAACAAUAUUCAAUACUCAUGUACUACUAAUGGUGUUAUUCUAUUUGUGCCAAGCCUUUGUAUUUCAUCCAAUUCCAAGGAAAUGUUCCUUUCCAUUCAUUUAUUUUUAGACAUGUUGUCAGCAAUGAUGCCUUAUCUGUGACAAUUUUUAAAUUCAUUGUGAACUUGUGAGCCGAUAUGAUUUUAUUGUUCUUCUGAUGUGAAGUCCUUUUAAAGUAUUGUUAUCAAGAAAAAAUGUACAAAUGUAGAUGUUGCAUAAAAUGCAAUCUAUACGCAGAAAGUAUAUGAGAGACACAUGCAGUAGAAAGUUGGUUUCAAAAUAUUGUGUGUAAAUUAAAUCACCUUGCAACAGGAAAAUGUUAACUGUUAAGAAAAAAAAGAGUUUGAAUGUGAAGUGUUAUAUGUAUAAAAAGGUAAUUAUCUAUGUAUUUUUAUGCAUAUUUUAAACAUCUUUUUCUUUAACUUUUGUGAGUUUUGAAGAACAUUGUAAUUUGAUGUUUAGCUUGUGCCACUAAUUUUUCACUUUCCCAGUUUUCAAUAGAAAUCAUUUAUUUAUAUGAGAGACAACUUUAAAAAUGAUUAAAGAAUUUAUAUAAAA